GCGACGAUAUUGCCGCGAAAGAUAACGAAGUAGGGGCUAAGAGCUUCGCUGUAAAAAUUGCGGUGGUUCUGUUUCUCAGGAAAUACAGCGCAUGCGCGAAACAACCUCCUGGAAGCACUGCCAGAAAGCUCUGGGAGAGAGAGAAAAAAAAAAGUGUCAGAGGAGGUUGGCUGGGGGGUGACGUUAUGUUGCGUUCCAGGUUUUUUAUUAUCCCUUCCUCCACUCAAAGAACAUGCUGCGCAUAUUCUCGUUGCGCGCGAAGCUCGCGGAAGAGCUGAUCUUGUUCUGAGUUUCCCCGCACGUGGCUUCGGCCGCUGGUAUCUACCUUCUGGUUGUCAGUUUUUUCGUUAGCCCUAAGGCGCUAUUGCAGGUCGCAACGCUUGCCUGCCACAUCUGCUCACGAUGAAGAAAGCUAGACUCACGAGCUUCAAAGAGUCUGUGCUGGAGGAAGUGGACAGCAAUGGCGACAUUGUCAAGUCUUGGUGUCAAAGAGGUCUGAAAAGCUUUGAAGCUAAGUGCGUCAUAUGUGACCUGGUGAUCUCCUGUGCACAGCAUGGGACGUCUGCUGUAAAAAGACAUGCCUCGUCCCAGAUGCACCUAACAGCUAGAAAAAAACACUGCGAUGCUGAUGGGAAGUUGAACCGGCCGAAGUCACUCCAGUCUACAAUCAGCUUCAGUAGAAGUGCUGGAGUCAGCACAUUGAAUGACAGUGUCAUUCGAGCUGAAGCAUUAUUUGCCAUGUCCUUGGCGGUUAAAGGAAUUCCAUUUUCUUACGCGGACGUGGCAGCGAAGAUCUUUCCUCCAAUGUUUCAUGACUCUCAAAUAGCAGGAAAGUUUUCUUGUGGAAGGACAAAAGUAUCCUACAUGAUUUCAGAUGGCUUAGGGCCGCACUUCAAGAAGAAAGUCAUUGAGGAACUUAGCUGGCCAGAAGUGUACUACUCUAUUCAAAUCGAUGAGACGCCAAAACCCGAACAAAGAGUUCAACAACUGGACGUGCUUGUGCGUUACUUUUCAAGAAAGCAGCAGAAAGUUGUCAUCGAACACCUGGAGUCCUUCAACCUGGGUCGUGCGACAGCAGAUAUAAUCGUUGACUGUGUCGAAAGGAGUAUAACAGAGCUUCCCAAGGAAAAGCUACUCUGCUUCUUCAGUGACGGCCCCAACACAAUGAAAAGUGUGAAGAAGAAACUGAAAGAUGCUGUCCACCGAAAUAUUCUGGACAUUGGAGAGUGCAACCUCCACAAGGUGCACAAUGCUUUUGGCACAGGCCUUACAGCUUUUGGUGCAGAUGUCGAGUUGUUAGUGAUGGAUGUGUACUAUUUUUUUAAACAUGCUGUCCGGUCUUCACAAUUUACCAAUCAGCAAAAGGAGCUUGGUAUUCCGGAACACAUUUUUCUAAGACAUGUGAACAACAGGUGGCUUACAUUUCAGUGCAGCCUAGAGCGUGUGCUCGAGCAAUAUGAUGCACUGAAGGCAUAUUUUCACAAGGCGGCUGACAACAGGCCAUCAAGUGCUGCACUGCCAAGACGAUUGGCAGCAGCACUUGCUGAUAAGCAAUUGCUCGCAAAGAUGCUCUUCUUGAGGAACACAGCUGAGCUGUUCAAUAGAUUUCAAGCACUUUUCCAAAGGCAAGAACCCCUUAUACACAUUGUGCACUCCGAGUCCGUCAGUCUUUUAAAGAAGUUGUUGAGUCGCUUCAUGAGACAUGACGCCUACCAGAAUGCGACUGCUGCCGAGCUUAAAUGCCUGGAUGUGGCUGCUCCUACAGGGCUGAAGCAGGCUCCAGAGAUAGGAUUGGACACUGAGCAAGAGAUGCACAGUUGGAGUCCUGAAGAAAAAAAAUCGUUCAGGGUUCGGGCUCGAGCAUUUUACAUUGCAACAGCGCAACACCUUUUAAAGCAGCUGCCACUUGACAACAAGCUGCUUUUUCAUUUGCGUUUCCUAGAUCCUGCCCUGCCUUUAACAGUAGAAGAGACUGUUAAAUCCAUAAAGUAUGUUGUUGCCAGUGUGCCCCAUAUGAUAAACGGCAAGCAGGUAACAUCUCUAGUGGAUGAGUGGCAUUCUCUUCACUGUAAGCCAAUGGAUGAACGUGCUGCUUCCAGCAACAGCAACAUUGACAGCUAUUGGGCUGAUGUGCUCGCUGAUGGUCAGUAUCCAUUGCUCUCUGUAUUUAUACGUGCAUUGCUCUCCCUGCCACAUGGAAAUGCCGAGUGUGAACGGGGAUUUAGUGAGAACAAGCGCAUCAUAGACAAUCGUGCAAACCUUGGAAUUGUAACCCUCAAUGGCAUCAGACAUGUUAAGAGCUACCUGAAACGUUUUGACAGUGAUGUUUCCCAGGUUCCUGUAACACAAGAACUGAUAAAUGCUGCCAAACAUUCACACAAAAAAUACUUGGAUCGCCUUCAGCUGGAGGCUGAGGAUAAGGAAAGACGGAAACGGAACGCCUCUGCUGACUCGGUCACUCAUAAGAAAGUCAAGCUUGAAGAAGAGAAACAUUGCCUAGAAGGGCGCCUAGAGUCAUCAAAAGCAAUGCUCCAGCGAGCACAGGGUCUCAUCAAAGGAGGCCUGGAUAACAAAAACAUGGAGGAUAUUGAAUGCGGCCAAGUUCUUCUGGCCGAGGCAAAUGCUGCUCUUGCUGAGAACAUGAGAAGGCUUGCAGACAUCAACAAAAAGCUGCAGCAGUUUUAGAACUUCGUGUAUGGAGGCUGCAUAUGAACAAGAGUGCUAUAUGUGAUUUAAGGUGCAAUAUUUUAUUAUCAUCCAUACUAUAAGAUAGGGGCAGUAGUUCCACAUUUCGACAAUCACACCAUUGUAUUUAUAGUGUUAUUUCAUAAAAUAUAAUUUUGUUGAUCCAGUAUUCUGUGUUUGCUUGUGUUGAAAAAAAAAAGAAAGGCUGCAGGAGGUUAUUCCUAUGACGGCGUUUAUUUUUGCAUUAUUGAGUGAAGUAAUGUUUGUGUUCCUUGGAGUCUUUUUCUCCACGAGAUCUGCAAUGGAUGGAAAUGUUUACCAAGGUUCUCGUAAGAACAUACAAAUUAUUCAAGUCUUUGAAUGUAAACUGCCACUCGGUUUUUCGAAAUACUUAAGGAUGUGAAAAAUUAGCUGCUCCAAGCUGCUCCAAAAUGCCAAAUUGCCUGCUCCAAAGUGCUCCAAAAUAAGAUUUCUGGUGCUCCAAAAAUUGCUCCAAAUCCUAUGUCCGCAGUAGCA